AUGAUUAGUUUAGUUAAUAAUUAAGCAGCUGAACAACCAGCCAAUCAUAAACAAAACAAUAAAAAGUAUUGGAAUAAUGAAGAAGAUAUAAAAUUGAAAUCUGCGGUUAAUUUACAUGGAUCUAAUUGGAAAGUUAUAGCAGAAUAUCUUCCUGGAAGAAAUGCUUCAUAAUGUGCUUAAAGAUGGAAAAGAAUAAAACCUAAAGAAGUAAAUAAUUAUAAUAUAAUAGGAUGAAAGAAAUUAGAAAUGGAGUAAAGAAGAAGAUGAAGCAGUACUUAGACUUACUUAGAGUUUUUAGUAUAAUUGGAGAUUAAUUGCUCAUCAUAUUCCAAAUAGAACUAGUAGACAAAUUAGAGAGAGAUUUGUUAAUCAUUUAGAUCCAAAUAUCAUCAAAUCACCUUGGACUGAAGAGGAAGAUAAAUGGAUAUGGAAUAUGUAUUAAAAUAUUGGUACUAAAUGGUCUGAUAUGUCUAAAUAAUUGCUUGGAAGACCUGUAAUUAUAAAUUUUAUACUAAAUUUAGGAAAAUAUGAUAAAAAACAGAUUUUAUUCUUAUAUUCGAAAAUAAUAUGGGAAAAUAUAAAAUCCUUACUAUGUAGUACCUAAUAAUGUGAGAAUAUUAGAAAAGGAAUAAUAAAGAAAGAAUAAUAUAAUUAAAAAAAGGAGAAAAUUUAGAAGGUUUCAUUAAAUUAAAACGAUAUAAUAAAUUAAAUAAGGUAAACAACAGCUUUAAUAAGAAAAUGAAUAAUAAAUUUAAUAGGAACAAUUCUUAUAAAAUUAAUAUCCAUAUUUGUAAUAAUAGUAUUAAUCAUACUAUCAUUUUAUACAAACUGAAUAUUAAUAAUUACUAUACCCUAAAUUAAUUUAUCCUUAUUAAUUUAUUAAUUCUUCUAAUUUAAAUCCAGAGUUUAAUGGAUAAUUAAAUCCAUAAGAUUUAUUGAACUGUAAAAUAGAAUAGAUGAAUUAAUAAACUACUUUUGAUUUAACUAAGUUACAAAAUAAUGAAAUCUAAAUGACAACUUUAAGUCUUUCUAAAAUUGGAGUUAAUUAAAUUUAACUAUAAUAAAUUGAUAUCAAAGAAGAAGAGGAUAAUGAUAAUCCUAAAAAUUAAAAUAAGAAUAUUGAAAAUUCAACAUACCCUCUUUAGAUUAGAGCUGAUAUUUUAAAAGAAAUUCAAAAAAAGAAUUUUGAGAAUGAAUUUAAAUAAUGA